CGCUUUGAGCUAACUAGGAAGCAGAGCAGACGAGCUUGAAGGAUUAUGUGUACAUAUCGGUGAGAGAAAGCAGCUGCUUUCGAAUAAUUUAUUUAGGGUUUAUGUACUCGGGCGUCUUUGAAAUGGAAGGCUGACAACUUGAGGGAAAGCCGGUGUUAUUUACUGAAAUUGUAUGUAUUAAAAACCAAGCGACAAUGAUGUCAGAAUGCGACCCGACAGAGACAGAGACCAGCGAACCCGCGCAGGACACCGGAGCAACAGCGGUGUCCGUGCUGGAGUCUAACUUUCACUCCACAGACCCAUCCAAGGUAUUAUUUGACAAAAACCGGACAGGUUUGGGGCACGUGGCGAACCCCGGAGUCGCCGUUCGCAUUUCGGACUCCUGUGAAAGCGUCCUGACCGAGCUGGAGACGGACGGCUCAGGCGAAGAGGCGCUGUUGUUACCUUGCUUAGCAGGAGGCUCGACGUCUCCGCGGGGUGCGCGAGAGAAGCGGAGUAGGCGGAACAGACACAGCUCGUCGUCGGAUAAAGACACCUUGGCCUCCCCAGGCACUAACAGUGGGGACUUCAACCAUUUCCCUGACGAUCCUGAGUUUGCAGAUAUUAUCCAAAGGGCGGAACAAGCUAUCGAGAAUGGCGUCUUUCCAGAAAGAAUCUCACAGGGUUCCAGUGGGAGCUACUUUGUCAAAGACCCAAAAGGGAAAAUCAUUGGUGUUUUUAAACCAAAGUCAGAGGAGCCUUAUGGUCACCUGAACCCCAAAUGGACCAAAUAUUUUCACAAGCUGUGCUGUCCAUGCUGUUUUGGCCGAGGCUGCUUGUUGCCUAACCAGGGUUACCUCUCAGAGGCUGCUGCCUCACUGGUUGAUACCAAGCUUGGCCUGGGAGUGGUGCCAAAAACCAAGGUGGUGUAUUUGGCUAGUGAGACCUUCCAUUAUAGCGCCAUCGACAGAGCAAAGUCCAGGGGGAAGAAGUACGCCUUAGAGAAAGUUCCCAAGGUGGGACGACGCUUCCACAGAGUGGGACUGCCACCCAAGGUGGGCUCGUUUCAGCUAUUUGUGGAGGGUUACCGUGAAGCAGACUACUGGCUGCGGCGCUUUGAGGCAGAACCGCUGCCAGAGAACAUCAGGAAGCAGCUGCAGUCGCAGUUUGAGCGGCUGGUAGUGUUGGACUAUGUUAUCCGAAACACCGAUCGUGGGAAUGACAACUGGUUGAUCAAGUAUGAGAAGCCAGGAGAAGGUGGAGAAGGAGACGGACAAAAGGAUUCAGAGUGGCCAGAGAACUGUCCAGACUCCUGCAUCAAGAUUGCAGCGAUUGACAAUGGCCUAGCCUUCCCCUUUAAACACCCAGAUGAAUGGAGAGCCUAUCCAUUCCACUGGGCAUGGCUCCCCCAGGCUAAGGUGGCCUUUUCCCAGGAGACCAGAGACCUGGUGCUGUCCCGCCUCUCUGACAUGAACUUUGUGCAGGACCUCUGUGAAGACCUCUAUGAGAUGUUCAAGACGGAUAAAGGCUUUGACAAAACUAUGUUUGAAAGACAGAUGUCUGUUAUGAGGGGACAGGUACUGAACCUGACUCAGGCAUUGAAGGACGGGAAGAGUCCCAUCCAGCUGGUGCAGAUGCCCCGGGUGGUGGUGGAGCGCAGCCGUUCAGGCGGCCAGGGACGCGUGGUCACACUGGGCAAUGCCUUCACACAAACUUUCCACUGCAAACGGCCCUUCUUCACCUCUUGGUAGUCAGAGAAGGAUGAGGAGCACGACUGAGGAGAAAAUCUGUAGCAGUCGUUUUCUAUGUCCUGAAGCAAGGAAGGAUGAAAUAAGGAGAAGAUGAGAAUAUCACACUGGAAACUGCUCAUAUUUGUCCUGGCACAGAAAGAAAUGAAGAAGACAACAUGAUGAUAGAAAGUGAGAUGAAGAAUGUUUUGUGAGGAAAUUGGGCUCGGGUCCAUUCCUCAUUUUGAAGAGAGCACAGAGAAUCAUGGGAGCUGGAGAGAUUGGCAUACCAGUGUCUCCUAGAGACCUUGGGGCUCUUUGCGGUUACCAUGGUGACUUGAUUGGAUAAUCGGCUUUUCCACAGAGGUGGGCUUUGUUUAUUGUUAGGAGGCAGAAAGGAAGGAUUUUUUUUACCCACCCAAAGUACCUACUGAAGUCUCUUGCAAGGUCUCUUAGUGGGGCUAAUGGCCAAAGAACAAGCACUUACAAACCACUAACUAACAGAUCUGUGGUCCAGUAGUGUUUUGGAAUCUAAAGGACUGGUCUCAUACGUCUCUCCAGAAAGUGAAUUUUUCCCUACGACGAUGUUGCUCCUGGUCUUGGAUGUUAAGUCCAAAAAUAUUUGCUUUUGCCUUGUAUGAUUACUUAUUGAACUAUAGAUGUGCACUUGCACUGCUGAAGUGUUUGACUAGUUCCACAUAACUGGGUUGAACCGCUCUUCACCCAGUGUUAGUUUUCAAAACCACAUCUGUUGAACAAACACAAACCCAGUGUCUUCAAAUCUCACUACUGCCAAAAUCUGUUUGUGGAAGGAACAUUGAAAAGCCUCAGUAAGAGAAUAUUGUUGAAACUUGAAAAUAAUUUUUGGAGGAGGAGGACUAAGAAUAAACACAUUGCUUGAAUGUAAUCUGUUUACAGUUUCUACACAGAUUCUUCCUCCUAAACAUUUCAAUACGAGUGAAUGCCGUCAAUAGACUUUUCUCGUAACAAUGAAUGUAUUUGUUGUUUGACAUGUAUUUAAUUGCUGGCAAGCGGCUUUCUCUUGAACCUCGUGGCAUGGGGAUGGCAGCUCGUCCCUCCCCUUUAUUAUACAUGAUAUGAAGAGGAAAAACAAGACAGACAAUAUUUCACACUUGCUUGAUGCCGUUGUGUUUUCUUAUGUAUGCAUCUUGAAAUUUUUAUUCCAACUCAAUGAUUGUAUGAGAAAAGUUGUAUAUUUAACAGAUGAAAAAUAAAAUUUUGGAAAUUUGA